CAGAGAAAAGCGAGAAAGUAACUUUCUCUUUCUUUUUGGAGGCGGAGAUGGCGGCCGAAGCGCCCUUACAGGAUUUGAUGGAAGAAGCCACCUGCUCCAUUUGCCUGGAGUUUUUCCAGGACCCCGUGCUCAUCCCGGAGUGCGGCCACAACUUCUGCCGGGGCUGCCUGACCCGCAGUUGGGGAACGUCGGAAUCGGAGGCUUCCUGCCCCCAGUGCAGACAAACCUUCAGACUCUGCAACCUCCUUCCCAACAGGCAGCUGGCGCGGGUGACUGAAGUGGCCAGGCGCUGCGGCAGCCGUGUGGAGGAGGAAGGAGGCAGUUUCUGCCCGAAGCACCGGGAGCCCCUCAAGCUCUUCUGUAAGGACCAUGAGACCCCCGUCUGCGUGGUCUGUGACCGAUCCAAAGAGCACAAGGGCCACUCGGUGAUCCCUGCGGAGGAGGCUUUCCAGGAAUACCAGAUCAAAGUUGAGAAUUGCCUGAAGGCUCAGAAGGAGCAGAAAGAAAAAAUAGCCACAUACAAAAGCGACACAGAGCAAAGAGUGCAGGAGAGGCUUGACCUCAUUAAAAAAGUGAAAAAAAAUGUAGUGGCUGAAUUCAGAGAGCUACAUCUCUGGUUAGAAGGACAGGAGAAGCUUAUAUUGACUAAAAUGGAAGAAACGGAGAAGGACAUUAUGGCAAGAAAAGAGGAGGGUUUGGCCAAGUCAGUGGAGGAAAUCUGGUCUCUUGACCAUCUCAUCAAGGAGAUAGAAGAGAAGCUUCAGCAGCCAGCCAGCAAACUCUUACAGGAUAUUGGAAGCCUCUUGAAGAAAUAUGAGGCAAAGAAAACAUACAAUAAUUCAGUGGAUUUAUUUCUGGACCCCAAGUGGACAAUCUGGAAGUACAGUGAGAUGACUGCGCUUCUGAAAAGUGCCAUGAAAAAAUGGAGAGAUACGCUGGAAAGUGGACUUCAACUACAGGAAGAGAAUGUAACUCUGGAUCCAAACACAGCCCAUCCUCACCGCCUUGAUGUCUCCAAAGAUCGAAAAAGUGUCAGAGGAGUUAAGCCAGUUGAAGGAAAAUAUCUUGUCCCAGACCACAUGAGAUUUGUAUAUAAACCUUGUGUCCUUGGCUGUCAGAAGUUCUCAACAGGAAGACAUUUCUGGGAAGUUAUUGUAGGAGGUACAGGAGGAUGGGGUGUAGGGGUUGCCAGCAAACCAAUAAAUUUAACAAAUAUUGAUGUGCAGACUAUGCGGUGGCAGAUUGGGAAAAAUGGAGGGAAAUACAUGGCCGUCUCUCCAUCAGAAUAUUCUGACUUGGUCCUGACUGAGGAGCCCAAGAGCAUCUGCAUCUCUCUCAACUGCGAAGAGGGACAAGUGAGUUUUUUUGAUGCCAGCACAGCAACCCUGCUCCAUACAUUCUCGGAGGCUUCCUUGGUUGGAGAGACCCUUGUGCCCUCUUUCUGUUUGUUUGAAGGCGCCUGCCUGACACUCCCCUAAAAGAAGUGACCUCCAUAGGCAAAACUUUGGAAAAAUCCCUAUUUACCAAGCAGGGAUCUCUGAAAGCCUUUAAAGCAGACAUUCCUUAGCUUUUUGCUACUUCAGCUUCGUUUAUUGUUCUGUGCCACCCUGAUCAGUCAAUCAGUCAUUAUAAAGGAAUAACCUGAUCAUCAUUUUUAUUUGUCUGGAUAAAAAAAAGGAAGUGUCCUAGGAGCUUUAUCACGGGUAAAAUUCAGCAGGUUCUGACAGGUUCUGCAGAAUUUUAUGGUAGCGGCUGCUUUAACUGUCUACUUUGGUUCUGCAACUCAACAAGACAGACACAGACUUCAGAGGAUAAUUAGAACUGCAGAAAAAAACAAUGACUACCAACCUGCCUUUCACUGAGGACCUGUAUACUGCACGAGUCAAAAAGAGGGCUGUGAAAAUAUUUACAGACCCCUCACAUCCUGGACAUAAACUGUUUCAACUCCUACCCUCAAAACGACGCUACAGAGCACUGCAAACCAGAACAACUAGACACAAGAACAGUUUCUUCCUGAACGCCAUCACUCUGCUAAACAAAUAAUUCCCUCAACACUGUCAAACUAUUUACUAAAUCUGCACUACUAUUAAUCUUCUCAUUGUUCCCAUCACCCAUCUCCUUCCACUUAUGACUGUAACUUUGUUGAUUGUAUCCUUAUGAUUUAUACUAAUAUUGUUUUCUGAUUGCUUAUUUGUAACCUAUGACUAUCAUUAAGUGUUCUAUCAUUAAGUGUUAAAUUUGUACCCUAUGACUAUCAUUAAGUAUUGUAUCUUGAUGAAGUAUCUUUUCUUUUAUGUACAUUGAGAGCAUAUGCACCAAGACAAAUUCCUUGUGUGUCCAAUCACACUUGGCCAAUAAAAAAUUCUAUCUAUCUAUCUAUCUAUCAG